AUGAUUGAUCAUCAUCUUAUCACCGAUUUAUUGCCAACCCUUGCUUACUUGUACUUCGAUGAACGAUUUGAUGAAAAACAUAAAACCGUCGAUACAUUGGUGGUUGAGCUCGAUGUGCCAGCAAAUCAGUUGCUCGCAUUAUUCAACAAAGCCAUUCGACGCCUUUCGGAAUAUCUCGAUCAGCUCUGUAUGGAUGCUGUACGACAAGAAAUGGACGGUGCGGAAAGCAGCAGCAGAAAUACACUAAAUCCCACGAUGAUGCAACCGCUACCUAUAUCGCUUGACGUAAUUCGCUUAUGA